AUUCAUUUUCCAAUAACCUUCUAAUUACAUCACAGUUUGAAAUCAAAUGGUCGUUUUCUCUGUAAAACCCUUAUUCACCAUCUUUGUCGUUUACCUCACUUUCCUUGUCGUUUUCACAUUUCUAUCGCCUCGUUACCCUUUUUCCCAAAAUCGGAUUUCUGGAGAACCCUCACUAUGGGAGGUAGGUAUAUGAAGUGCUCGGAGACUCAUGGAAGUAGACCUUGCAAAUGGUGGCUACAAUGACAUCGAAUUGGUACUUUUUUUGCUUGAUCAAAUGGUAUUUUUGGUUCUAUUGUUAGCUUUCAUCUUUGGAGGUUAAAAUUUAGUUUUUUUUUAUUAACUUUUGUGAUGACUUGAUUCAUUUUUACUUAGUAUAGUUAUAAUUGUUUGCUGGGAUUAAAAUUUUAGAAAUUACUUGGAACAAUUCUAGUUGUGUUUGAAUGAUGAUGGGAACCUUGAAUAUAUGCUUCGCUUUACUUUGGUCGUUGAAUAGUAGUUUGAGAAAAUACCGGAGUAAUACAUGACACUGAUAGUAGUUUGAGAAAUAGAAGUAAUUCAUUGUAACUACGAAAAAAUAGAAGUAAUUGGAUGUAACCAUGUCUCCGUGUCGAACACUUAUGGAUGCUACAUAGACAUUGAUAUUGGAACUUAUAAGUUAGUGCAACCGAGGAGUUGAAUUUUGCUAGUAUCAUUUUAAGUGGGUAGGGUCAAGUUGGUUGGUUGAGACUUGGGAUGAGAGUUAAUGAUUGGCUUUUUGUUUUCGGAAUCAACCUUAAUUGGCUUUCAUUGCAAACGUCGCUUUCGUGUUUUUAUUAUUCUUUAAAUGUUGCAGCUCUACCAUUAGAAACCAAUGGAUAUAUCGGAGUGGAUUGCUAGGGAGAGCUUCAACCAAAUGUGAAGACACGUGAGUGGUUGAAGACAACCCUUGAAUUUCAACUUCAGACCCUAUGUUGAUGUUCGAUGCUCUUUUGCUUGUUUCUUGAAAUUGAUAUAAAAUCUGCCGUGAUUGCACUUUUGUGACAAUAUGGGAGUCGCUCGCUGUCAAACACAAUGCUUGUCCUACCAAAGUUUGACGUUGCUUCACAUUGGAAUGAGUCAAGAUAUAGACUACUUCAUUCCAUAUAUGGAUGGCUUUGUCAAAGUCGUCAAAACUUUACCAAAGAAGGGACAGUUGUCUCCGUUGUCUUGUCUCACAGGCACACACACAAACAUAUCAAUGGAAGUAAUCACUGAAGGAGUGAACAGCAUCAAUAUCUCUGAUUCUACUAAGAAUCGUAUUCAUGUCUCCAAUUCCAAAAAACCCAUCUUCUUCUUCGUUAAUCUGGCCAAGAAUUACUUGAAGCAGUAUAAUGAGGUUGAGCUUUCAGCACUAGGAUCGGCUAUUGCCUCAGUGGUUUCCAUUGCAGAAAUUUUGAAACACAAUGGACUUGCUGUGGAAAAGAAAAUCAGAACAUCAACAGUUGUCUUAGGUAAUCCCAGAGGUAGAGCUGUGCAAAAGGCCAGGAUUGAAAUAUUACUCGAGAAGACUGCAAACUUUGACGAGUUGAUGGCGGCUGCUGAAGCAGCUGGUGAAAAUGGAGAUAUUGAAGUGCAUGCCGCGGCAGCUGCUGAAAAGGGUAAAAAUGGAGAUAAUGAAGAGCAGGCUGCGGCAGCUGCUGAAAAGGGUAAAAAUGGAGAUAAGGAAGAGCACGCCGCGGCAGCUGCUGAAAAGGGUAAAAAUGGACAUAAUGAAGAGCAGGCUGCGGCAGCUGCUGAAAAGGGUAAAAAUGGAGAUAAGGAAGAGCACGCCGCGGCAGCUGCUGAAAAGGGUAAAAAUGGAGAUAAUGAAGAGCAGGCUGCGGCAGCUGCUGAAAAGGGUAAAAAUGGAGAUAAUGAAGAGCAGGCCGCGGCAGCUGCUGAAAAGGGUAAAAAUGGAGAUAAUGAAGAGCGUGCUGCAUGAAGUUCACCCAUAUAACCUGUUUUGGGUUAAGUUAUGUUCUCUUGAAUGUUGAAUGAAUUGUUUGAUUGUUGUUAGUAGAUAGCAGACAGAAAUAUUAUGUGUUAGACUGAUAUACUACCAAUAAGUUACAAGGCUAUGCUCUUGUCAUUGCGCUAACCCCUCAGGCGUAUAUUUUACAAAUUUUGAGGUGGCAAAUAAUAGUCAUGGUAUGAAUAAAUGGUAUGAAAGUAUGUCGUUAGAUCACACAA